GUGGUAGUGCCGUGGUAGUGCCGUGCCCUGUGGGGGCUGGCGGCUGCUCGUAGGGGGCAGAUCUAAGUCCCCUGAGGCCCCGUGGGGCCCCGUGGGACCGUGGGCUGUUGUAUGGGGUGCGCCGGGCCCGAUGGACGGGGCAGCGCCCGGGGGUUGGGUGAGGCCUGGGAGCGGGCACCGGGCGGGGCAGCGGCUGAGGCCUGUCCCGGACACUCCGCAGUGUCACCGUCCCGGCAGCCACCGGGGGUCCCCGUGUCCCCUCGUGGCUGGAGGCUGCGGUGAUGGGGGCCCAGGGAACCCCCGUGGGUGGAGUGGAGCGGCCCGCUGGAAAAAUGGAAAUCGCCACUCCUCCAACAUCAAAGUGUAUUAUGUAUUGGAAAAGAAAAGUCAAGUCUGAAUAUAUGCGUCUCCGGCAGCUCAAGAGAUUUCAGGCAAACAUGGGAGCAAAGGCUCUAUUUGUGGCCAACUUUGCAAAGGUUCAUGAAAAGACUCAAAUACUUAAUGAAGACUGGAAGAAGCUUCGAGUUCAACCAGUGCAGUUAAUGAAGCCAGUCAGCGGGCACCCCUUCCUAAAACAGUGUACAGUUGAGAGCAUUUUUCCAGGAUUUCCAAGCCAGACACUGUACAUGAGGACGCUGAACACAGUGGCGCUGGUGCCUAUCAUGUACUCGUGGUCCCCCCUUCAGCAGAACUUCAUGGUGGAGGAUGAAACUGUUCUGUGCAACAUCCCUUACAUGGGAGAUGAGGUGAAGGAAGAGGAUGAAACCUUCAUUGAAGAGCUUAUUAAUAACUAUGAUGGGAAAGUUCAUGGAGAGGAAGAAAUGAUUUCAGGGUCAGUCCUCAUCAGUGAUGCUGUCUUCCUGGAGCUCGUGAAUGCCCUGAAUCAGUACUCAGAUGAGGAAGAGGAAGGACACAAUGAUUCUGAAGUCAAACAGGAGGAUGGGAAAGAGGAGCUGCCAGUCACAAGAAAAAGAAAACGAAUUGCAGCGGAAGGUAACAAGAAGUGUUCCAAGAAACGGUUUCCAAAUGACAUGAUAUUCACUGCCAUUUCUUCUAUGUUUCCUGAAUAUGGCUUCCCAGAUGACAUGAAAGAGAGGUACCGAGAGCUCACAGAGGUGUCGGAUCCGAACGUGCUGCCCCCGCAGUGCACUCCCAAUAUUGACGGGCCAUGUGCAAAGUCAGUGCAGCGGGAGCAGUCCCUGCACUCCUUCCACACGCUCUUCUGCCGGCGCUGCUUCAAAUACGACUGUUUUCUGCAUCCUUUUCAUGCUACUCCCAAUGUGUACAAACGAAAGAACAGAGAGACCAAGAUUGAGCCAGAUCCUUGCGGAGCAGACUGUUUCCUCUGGCUGGAAGGAGCCAAGGAGUUUGCUGCUCUGCACAAUCCCAGGUCCAAGUGCUCAGGCAGGCGCCGCCGGAGGCACCAUGUGGUCAGUGCUUCCUGUUCAAAUGCCCCAGCUUCUGCGGUUGCUGAGACAAGGGAGGGAGACAGCGACAGAGACACGGGCAAUGAGUGGGCUUCUAGUUCCUCGGAGGCAAACUCCCGCUGUCAAACCCCUACCAAGCAGAAGCUGAGCCCGACCUCAUCCCAGCUGUUUGCAGUGGAGGCACAGCAGGAGCCAGUCGAGUGGACAGGAGCUGAGGAGUCUCUCUUCCGUGUCUUCCAUGGGACCUACUUCAACAACUUCUGCUCCAUUGCCAGACUGCUGGGAACAAAGACAUGCAAGCAGGUCUUUCAGUUUGCAGUGAAAGAGUCACUUAUAACAAAACUGCCAACAAAUGAAUUGAUGAAUCCAUCCCAGAAGAAGAAAAGGAAGCACAGGCUGUGGGCUGCCCACUGCAGGAAAAUUCAGCUGAAGAAAGAUAAUUCACCUACCCAGGUGUACAACUACCAGCCCUGUGACCAUCCUGAGCAUCCCUGUGACAGCUCCUGUCCUUGCAUUAUGACCCAAAAUUUCUGUGAGAAGUUCUGCCAGUGCAACCCUGACUGUCAGAAUCGCUUCCCAGGCUGCCGCUGUAAGACCCAGUGCAACACCAAGCAGUGUCCGUGCUACUUGGCCGUGCGGGAAUGCGAUCCAGACCUCUGCCUGACCUGCGGGGCAUCAGAGCACUGGGACUGCAAGGUUGUCUCCUGCAAGAACUGCAGCAUCCAGCGCGGCCUCAAAAAGCAUUUGUUGCUGGCGCCAUCAGAUGUUGCCGGCUGGGGGACAUUCAUCAAAGAAUCUGUGCAGAAGAAUGAAUUCAUCUCUGAAUACUGUGGUGAGCUUAUUUCACAGGAUGAGGCUGACCGUCGAGGAAAGGUCUAUGACAAGUACAUGUCAAGUUUCCUCUUCAACCUCAACAAUGACUUUGUUGUUGAUGCCACUCGCAAAGGAAAUAAAAUCCGCUUUGCCAACCACUCUGUGAACCCCAAUUGCUAUGCCAAAGUUGUGAUGGUGAAUGGAGACCACCGGAUAGGAAUCUUUGCCAAGAGGGCCAUCCAGGCGGGAGAGGAGCUCUUCUUUGAUUACCGGUACAGCCAGGCAGAUGCCCUGAAGUAUGUUGGCAUAGAGAGGGAGACCGAUAUCAUCUAAGCCGUGUGCUGGGCGAUCCCCACACAUUUUGCUGCUGCACCUUGUAAGCAAUGCCAUGUUUGCUUCACGCUGACAUGACUGCUGCUCGUGUUCCCCUUGUUGUGUGUGUCACAAGUGCUACUUUCCACCCAAACACCUGGAGAGAGACUCAGGGCAGGAGCAUGAGUGGCUGCCACCAGGACAGCAGCUCUGCCCAGCCCCAGGAUGGGGCAGGUUCCAGCACCUUGCACUGCUGGUAAUCUGGGCUGGAGGGACCAAGCAGCUGGGGCUUGAAGAAGAGCUGUGUUGCAGGAGGAGGGACAGUCGCCAGUUCUCAGUCUCUUUCCAUUUUCUGUCAACUGCUAGAAGAACAAGAGUGAGUGAAGUGCACUGAGACCUGGAGGGCAUGGCUGAAGGGUGACAGGGCUGGCAUCCACCUCCAGCCCCUGUCUGGGACAAGCUCUGGUCUCUGGUGCUACCUUUUGCUGCCUGUUUUGUUGCAUUGGCUAGGGCAGUGACAGCAUUGGAAGCCAUAGAGAUGUGGCCACACUCCUGCACGUCGCUAGGCUCCACAGCCACUAUCACUGGGGCUCUGUUUUCCCUCUGCCUCAGCUGGGCUGGACAAAAGAGACCACCAGCAUGUGGCUCCUUGGGACAGGAAGAGCAGCACUAUGCAAAAGUCUCUUUGGGCAGGGAAGCCUCUGGGCUGGUUAGAGAUGGUGUUACAGGAGUGCUGCUGCAAGCACAAGAGGAACCCACAGGAAGCAUGCACCCAGGAGCGUGAGGCAGCCUGCAGCAUGCUCUCAUGGCAGGUUGUGAUUUCUUGCCUAUCUGCACAGAAUUGCUUGAGUGUUGCAGUGGUGAGGUGUGAGCAGAGCACAGCACUCGUACCUGCUCUGUGUGUUGACAAAGGGGAAGCUCUGGAUGUUUCUGGCAUUCUGGUGCUGGCCUUGGCUUUGGGGACAAGGGGGGAAAUAUUCCUUGACAAAGUGAGGUUUGGCAUUAGCACCCCAUGCAAAAAGAGAAAGAAAAAAGCACUUUAAAUUGAGCCUUCUCAGUCAGGCAGCUGGGCCCCAUGCACUGCCCAGGGUGCUCUCAGGUUGAGGGACCACGGACCUCCCACACCACUGCUGUCCUUCAGCAGCGCCUUUGCAGGGACAUUUCUUCAGGCCUGGGACUGGGCAGCUUGGAAGAAUGGGUGGCUGCCUGGCUGGAGGGAUGGCUGGAAGGUGGCAGGCUGGCUCUGCCCUGAGCAGGGGGCUGGGCCUGAAGGAUGGGGCUGUCCUGUAGGAGACAUAUGCCACCAGGUGGCCUGGUGCCACAUGCUGGACACUGCUGGACUUGUGUGCCAGCCUGGAGCGGUGCUGCAGGACGGCGUUUGCCCAGGAUUGGACCCAUUGCCCUGCUGCUCUGGGAAGUGCCAGGCUCCACACAGGGCACGGCCCCAUCCCAGUAGCACAUCUCCCAGUGCAGAGAGCACCCUGGGUCUGCGCCAGGAGCUGAGCCCUCCCCAGCACAGGUGUGGUCCUGCCCUGCCUGCUCUCAGUCCUGUCCUGGGGGUUUGGGUCUGUGCAGCACUUGUACCCCAGUCCCACUCCUUCGCCCUCUGCCCCUGUUUCCGUCCCCCAGCUCAUCCCAGCCCCACUGUCCGCUCAGUGUCCUCUGCCACCUUGGCCGUAUCUGCACUAUGCCAGGCUUGUGUCUGUGGUUUGUUGACAGUGAAUUAUAAUGCACUUUAAAACUUAACGUGGCUUCUAGCCUUUGUCAUAAUAAAGCGAUAACAAACAUC